UUUCAUCCUCAGAUAAGCCAGCUUUAGAGGAUUUACAGUGUUUCCUUGAGUUUCAAGUUCCUACACAGUGGGCACCAUUAUUCUGUGAGCUGCCUCUUAGGCAUCAAAGAAGAGUGGCAUCUUGCCCUGCAUUGCAGUUCUGUUUAUUCGGCCCAAAGAUUUGUGUGAGCCCUACCCAGGUUACAAGUGGUGAAAAGCCGGUCAUUGGUUUGCGCUUGUAUUUGGAAGGGAAAAAAUUCAACCAUUUAGCUAUACAUGUACAGCAUCUUUCUAGUUUACCGAACAUUAUGACAUCAAAAUCUGCUAACCCAACCUUACGCAAGCCAUGUCAGUGGCGAGGUUCCGAUGAUUAUGAAUCUAGUGACCAAUUCUUAGAACCGGUCAGAUGGCCGAGAUAUUCCAAUGUGUGCUCAUCUGUAGUUAAGCAUGAUCCAAGCUGGAUGCAAGGCGAGACUAGUGGCGUAUUUGUGGUAACUGGCGCACAGCUUAUCAGCAAAGGGAAGUGGCCUAAGACGGUGCUUCACCUGCGUCUACUUUUCUCCCAUCUUCCCAACUGCACAAUACGAAAGACAGAGUGGGCAGCUACACCCGAGGGUACUCAUAGGUCAAGUUUCUUGACAAAUCUCAGCACAACUUUUACGUUCACUCAGCGAACAAAGGCAGAUGCUGCACCAAAGCAGCAUCCUGCUGCUCUUAAUUCGGGAGUCUAUCCAGAGGGACCCCCAGUACCAGUUCGAUCAACAAAGCUGCUCAAGUAUGUAGAUACAGCUGAGGUUUCACGAGGGCCAUAUGACACUCCUGGACAUUGGUUGGUAACCGCUGCGAAGCUUGUUACAGAGGGUGGUAAGAUAGGUUUGCAUGUGAAGUUUGCACUGUUAGAUUUCUUAAAUGAAUCAUAGUUUCUUUUGUGUACAUAUUCUGGGGUAGUUUUAUCUUCCAAUAUCUUGAUGAUAGAGCAUAUUGUUUAUCCAAGAAAUGGCAAAAAGGGGCGGAAAAUAUUAUAGAUGUUGUAUAGAAGCAAUUAGUGAAAUGAAUGGAUUUAUUUUUUGAUAUA